CAGAAAUAAGCACACGUUCCUUCCUUCUUCAACAGAAAAGACGUUCAAAACAGAUAUUCAAUCAUGACUUGACUAUCGAUCAGCAUUCAUCAAAUAAUAUGAAAAUCAUCAAUCCAACAGGAUGGCAGAUACUUCGACAAGAGAAGCAUGGUCAGAAGCCUUCACCGAUUAUUAGCUUGAUCAACACAAGAGGCCAUCAAUUUCACGUUCAUCCGAUCAAUGCUCGUUUGGUUCGAAUUGUGCAUUCUUUGCCUAAAUCUGAAAAUGGAGCACAUGGCGAAUUGGCCGAUGUUCGACUUCGUAAUCAUGAUCGACAAGACGAUGAUGUUGGGCUAGACGGAUUUGUAUGGGAGGAAAGAACGCAUGCAUGGGAAACAUCUAUAAGUGAAGAAGAGAAGAUCGCAUACAUCAAGCCAACCAAAGAAGCACCAUCAAGUGGAGGCGUUGAGAUCGAAUUGAAUUAUUCAAGUACAAUCACAUUGACAUGGUAUUGGGAAGAUAAAGUGGGAGAAGUACAACAGAAGCACACGCUCUUACAAGACUUUAAGACUGCUUACCAAUAUGACGCACGCACUAAAAGGGUAUAUCAUACCGUUUGUCGAGAUCAAUCUUACAUGCCAUUAUCUGAACAUCAACUUCCCGCAAACGAGAACCAUGUCCCUCAAGAAGGUCGUUAUGAGUUCAUUUAUGGUCUUGGUGAAGUGAAAGGUCCGAUGAUGAAAGAUGGUAAAAGAUACAUAAUGGAAGCAAGGGAUAGUCUUGGAGCAGAUCCACAAGAUACCGAUCCUUUGUACAAGAUAUGCCCUUAUUAUCUGCAUUACAAUCGAAAUUCAGAUCUUUGGUUCGGGCUGUAUUACAAUACUCUUGUUCCAAGCAUUUUUGAUUUUUCCGGUGAACAUGAUUUUGCUACCGGUCAAUUUCGUUCAUUUUCAGCAGAAAGAGGUCCGUUGGAUUAUUAUAUGCUACUAGGAGAUGAUGGCACACUUGAUCGCAAAGCUGAUGCAAGACCCAGCGUUGCAAAUAUUGUCUCACAGCUUGCCACUUUGGUAACACCAGCAUCUUUUGGACCGGCAGGUCGAAGAAGUGACUUCAACUCAUCUAUGAAAGGAUGGCAAACCAGUCCGACCCUACCGCCUCACAAUCAAUUUGGCUAUUUGGCCUCAAGCUUAACGCUUUCUGAACGUCAAGAUGCUCAAACUGCAGUAGUGGAAUAUGUCGAACAAGCCAGAAAGGAAGGAUUUCCGAUUGAUUCGAUGCAUCUUUCAUCGGGCUACUGUGUUGAUUCAAAGACAGGAGAAAGGAAUUAUUUUUAUUGGGAUAAAACAAAAUACCCAGAUCCUGCAAAAAUGGGAAAUUUAUUAGAACAAGAAUUAUCGUGCAAAGUGAUCAUCAAUGUCAAGCCUUGGCUAUUGGAAUCUCAUCCAUACUAUGAAGAUGCUGCACAGAAAGGGAUUUUUAUUCGUGCCGCGAAAGAUGCACGUCCGAUCGAAGCUGGCAAAUCACCACAAGAUGAAGAUAGAUACGGAUCAUUUGAAUCGGUUCCUUCGAGAACGUUGCACUGGGCACGCGGGAUGGGUGAUACAGGAAAAGGGUCUUACAUUGACUUUUCAAGCAAAGCAGGAAGCGAAGAAUGGAAAAGAUUGAUGAAAAUUGGUGUGCUAGAUAACAACAUCACCGGCUUCUGGAUCGACAAUAAUGAAUUUUCCUCUGUGAUUGAUGAUCAGGUGGAAUUUCAAGGAGAUUUGAACUUGUGGUCAUUGCCUAAAGGAGACAUUUCAGAUACGAAAGCGUCGGAAAGAGCGACUGACAUUCAACGUGAAGUGGCAUCAAGAAUGGGCUGGGGAUCUCGAAUGGUAGAAUCAGGAGCAGUUGGUCCUGCAACGCAAACGAUGGGAAUGGCAAGGGCUACGUUUGAUGGUCUGUUGCAAUCUUCUUCUCCGUCUAGUGAAAGACCUGUGAUUGUAACUCGAUCUGCCGUUCCGGGCAUUCAAGCAUUUGCACAUUCUACAUGGUCAGGAGACAAUAGUACGACUUGGCUCAGUCUGAAAUGGAGUACAAAGCUUAGCAUGUCAGUCGGAUUAAGCUUUGGAUUGGGCCUUUAUGGUCAUGAUAUCGGCGGAUUUGCUGGUCCUCAUAGCCCAAGCGCCGAAUUAUUGAUCCGUUGGUGUCAACAAUCGAUGUGGAUGACACGGUUCACAAUUCACUCAUGGAAAGCGAUUUCUACAACUCCAUGGAUGUACAAGCAUAUCUGUGACGGAGAAGAACAAAAGACGGUCAAGGAUGUAUUGCGUGAUAUUAUUUUACUACGAUACAGACUCUUGCCUACUCUCUAUUCCCUUUACGUUACUCAGUAUCAUCGUCACGGCUGGCCAGUCGUUCGACCUUUGCUAUGGCAUCACUCGAAACAUUUCGAAUGCCUCACGCAGGACGAACAAUUCUUGGUUGGCUCGCAUAUCUUCGUCGCUCCAGUAUGCACACACGGAGAUAGAUCCACCUCUUUCUUCCUUCCCCAUCUCGUGGACGGUGAACAAGUCUCAAGCGAUAUCUGCUGGUUCGACUUCCACACAGAUCAGGUGUACAGACCGCAAAAGGAGGGCAACACCAUCACUUUGAAAGCACCACUUUCACGAUUACCUACUUUGAUUCGUGAAGGAGGAAUGUACGUUUUAGGACCGACAUUAACGCGAAAUAUGCCAACGCCUGCAUCGAAAAAGAAGGAAUAUGAUGUUUAUAUUUUCCCAUGUCCAGCCGAUGUCGAACAAGAAAGGCAAUCCUCUACUCGUUCAAAAGGCUCAUUUACACUGAUUGAAGAUGAUGGUAUAACGAAUGCUGCAACAUUCCGAGGUCACUUUACAGAAAUGGAAUUAUUCUUUGAGGUUGCUGAAGAUUCAAAGGAUACGGUAUACGUCGGCAUAAACAUUAUUCGUGCUGACUAUUCGGGUGAAUGGAAGAUCAAUUUUAAACUUCCAAAGAUGGACGGACGACAAUUGAUCUUUGAAGAGGAAGAUCAAAAGGUCAAAACAAGUAAUACUCAAAUCACAGACCAUAAAGGUGGUAGCAUCUACGUAAAGAUUACUGAACCUUGACGACGUUGACGCUCAUCAGUCUCACCCGUAGGUCUCGAUUACCUCUCUCACUGUACAUCUACACAUUAAGUCACUUCAUCAGCGUGCCAUGAAAUGAGCAUGUAUUUUUCCCCUGUCUUUUCAGAACAUCAAGCUUGGAAUGCAUAACCACCUUCUCU